UUGCGAGGGGGCGUUGAGGGGAAACGGGCCUGUGACGCCACAUAUGGGUGUCGAGCGCUGAGGAGAAAGAAGAAGGAAGGUGUUUGUAUCUCUUUCCAGUCGCUGAGGGCCCGCCAUGGCGGCCUGCAGCAUCUGCGUGGCGGCUGCGCGGCUCUUCAGCUCCUCGCUCCCUUCGUCGGCGCGGAGAGGUUUCACAUCUGGCCGUUCUUGCUUUCCUGCUUUAGGACUAAUUGGGACUUUUGAAACUCAAUCUCUAAGGACUGUUCCCUUUAGAGCUUUUUCGGAAACACCUGCGUACUUUGCUUCAAAAGAUGGUGCGAGUAAAGACGGUUCAGGAGACGGCACUAAGAAAACUGCUGGGGAAGGCAACAAUAAAAAGUCAAGUGCCGGAAGCUCUGGCAAAGGUGGAAACCAGCUGCGUUGCCCAAAGUGUGGUGACCUAUGCACACAUGUGGAGACCUUCGUGUCCUCUACCCGCUUUGUGAAAUGUGAAAAAUGCCACCACUUCUUCGUUGUAUUAUCAGAAGCAGACUCCAAGAAGAGCAUCAUUAAAGAACCGGAGUCAGCAGCUGAGGCUGUGAAGUUGGCCUUCCAACAGAAGCCGCCACCUCCACCGAAGAAAAUUUAUAACUACCUCGACAAGUAUGUUGUUGGCCAGUGUUUUGCCAAGAAGGUGCUUUCGGUUGCUGUGUACAAUCAUUAUAAGAGAAUCUAUAACAAUAUUCCUGCCAAUCUGAGGCAACAAGCAGAAGUUGAGAAGCAAACUUCCUUAACACCAAGAGAAUUAGAAAUAAGAAGACGGGAGGAUGAGUACAGAUUUACAAAACUUCUCCAGAUUGCUGGCAUUAGCCCCCAUGGCAAUGCUUUGGGCGCAUCAGUCCAGCAACAGGUGAAUCAACAGAUGCCUCAGGAGAAGCGAGGAGGUGAAGUAUUAGAUUCAACCCAUGAUGACAUCAAGCUUGAAAAAAGUAAUAUCCUGCUGCUUGGACCAACUGGCUCAGGUAAAACCCUGCUGGCGCAGACUCUUGCUAAAUGCCUGGAUGUCCCAUUCGCAAUCUGUGAUUGUACCACUCUGACUCAAGCUGGCUACGUGGGUGAAGAUAUUGAAUCUGUCGUUGCAAAGCUACUUCAGGAUGCAAACUACAACGUAGAAAAAGCUCAACAAGGAAUUGUUUUCUUGGAUGAGGUGGAUAAGAUUGGCAGUGUGCCUGGCAUUCAUCAGCUGCGGGACGUGGGAGGAGAAGGCGUUCAGCAAGGCUUGCUGAAGUUACUGGAAGGAACAAUAGUGAAUGUUCCAGAAAAGAAUUCCCGCAAGUUACGUGGGGAGACUGUGCAGGUUGAUACCACCAACAUCCUCUUUGUAGCUUCUGGCGCUUUUAACGGCCUCGAUAGAAUCAUCAGCAGGAGGAAAAAUGAGAAGUAUCUCGGCUUUGGAACGCCUUCAAAUCUGGGGAAAGGCCGAAGAGCUGCCGCAGCUGCUGACCUGGCAAACCUAGGCGGAGAAUCCAGCACACAGCAAGAUAUGGAAGAAAAAGACCGCUUGCUUCGGCAUGUAGAAGCACGAGACCUGAUUGAAUUUGGCAUGAUCCCAGAGUUUGUGGGGCGCUUGCCGGUGGUGGUUCCUUUGCACAGCCUUGAUGAAAAAACACUUGUACGGAUUCUGACAGAGCCCCGGAAUGCUGUGAUUCCCCAAUACCAGGCACUAUUCAGCAUGGACAAGUGUGAGUUGAACGUAACAGAGGAUGCACUGAAAGCUAUAGCCAGAUUGGCUCUAGACCGCAAAACUGGUGCAAGAGGUCUUCGGUCUAUAAUGGAAAAGUUAUUGCUGGAGCCUAUGUUUGAAGUACCCAAUUCUGACAUUGUAUGUGUGGAGGUUGACAAAGAUGUUGUGGAAGGGAAAAAAGACCCCGGAUACAUCAGAGCUCCAACUAAAGAUGCUUCAGAAGAAGAAUAUGACUCAGGAGUAGAAGAGGAAAGUUGGGCUCGGCAAGCCGACGCUGCAAACAAUUAAAACACUGUCAGAACGAUCUGCAGGAAACGCACUUAAAUGUUUUCCUUUUAUUCUUCUAAGACCACACUUGGCUUUUGCCGCCGAUGGGAUAACAUUGGAUCUCUCCCCAAUGCAGUACAUGGUCAGAAAACGCUAAUGGAAAGCAGAUCAUGUAUUUCUCGUAACAUCACAUUGAUUUUUUUCCAACACUCGGACUUCAGCAAUGUAUUAUUCAGAAACGAAUUGUAUACUACAUUUUGUUCAGUUAAAAAACAAACACAAGUAAGCUUUUUUCUUUUUCUUUUUUACUCCUGAGCCAAAAUGCUGUUGGGAUUGAGGGAAGUUGCAUAAACACUUUCUCCACAGACAGUCUCUCCUUGGUGAUCUUCAAAGUGGCAAUUAGGGGCCUCUUUUAUUUUACACACUGGAAGUGCUGCAGAGAUAAAAGCACAUAACGCACACAUGUGCGUCUGUGACCUGCAGCAUGUUCUUCCUCCAUUAUACAAGAUAUUUCAGUUGAUGUCAACAGGACUCUGUUGGCAACCUCUCUUCUCAGCCUGGGCCAGCUGCAAUUGAUACCAUGGCCCUCUUGUAACAAUGGUAUAGUUAUGCAGCCGGUUUGGUUAAGUAUAGACAGUCUUGAGUACAAGCAAACCCCAUUUAGGAGGCUGCUGAACUUCUUUGUUCUAAUUGCAUGAUACAAAUUUGAUCGGUUGCCUGGCACAACCCUUCCUUAGACCAAGGGAAGGGUUAGUGGUGAGAUUUUUCAAUCCAAAGAUGGUGCCAGGGCUGUAAACGAAGUGAAUCAUUGUGGAAAAGGUAAGAAUUGGAGGGUCUUUGGGGAGGUACUGGGCCUCACAUAAGUCCCACACAUAGACACACAAUGCACUAGAAUGGUUAAAGGGAAACCAUUUGGCUCAUCUCUUCUUGAAACGCAGUGGGUGCUAGAAGUGCAUUGUUACCUUUAUUAUGGAAACUGCCUUUGGAGACUGGAUUGUCAGCAUCUUAAGACAAGGGCAGUUUAUUUCAGGUCCACAAACUCCAUAGCAAGUAGAUAGAAACAGGCAGAACCCCUCCCAAGUGAAUAGCUCUUGAAUUAUGGUUUUAGAACAUCUUGCACCACUUUACUAAAGCAGUGCGUUGAGUAAUUGGGUGUAUUACCAAAGGCUUCACUAAUAUUUACUCACUUUAAUUCUAUGUAGAAGGGGGGAAUGGAUCUUAUAUGAGAACAAGUAAACCAGGAACUUGCCGCACCUUCCUUCGAGGGAAUAAAGGUUUACAGGGAGAAAUAGGCCAUAGAACAUUUAGAAUUCUAUGCCAGUAUUUUAAUAUAGUACUUUUAAUGAACAUACUGGAAACCUCCUCAUGCAUCAAUUUUUUGGUGCAGGAUAUUUUCCCAGCCUUCCUUCUUACAAAGUUUUAAGAGGUAAACGAAAAUAACAUACGUAACUGUACACUAUUAUUUUUUCCCAUGUGAUCAGUUGUGACUGUUUGCACAAAAUCCUUAUUUAAGUGAUGAAGCUUAGACUACGGUCUUGCGUCUUGUUCAUUUUAAGAACUUCUAGCGAAGCAAAGGUUGCUUUCUUUCACAGUCCCCUCGAUGCUUUAGUACAGUAUUUGUAAAACAACAACACAAAAGGACUUGUACUUUUUUUGAUUUCUGGAAUUAAAACUCUGUACAUACAUCUA